UCCUCUGGUUGUGUUGAUGCCUCCAGCCUGAGGAACAUCCUGUAAUUAAGGUGUUUAUUCUUAUUUGAAUCCCUGCUCUUACAAACUGCUUCAAAAACCAUUUCAGGCCGAGACUUUGAAGGACUAAAAACUUUAUGGAGCGAUGGCCGUGUGCGCGCGCCUGUGUGCGUCGGGUCGCGCGCUCGCCGCUUCGGUUUGAGAGUUGAGAUUCGGAGCAGCAGAGGAUCCGGUCCGGUUCGGUGGUUCCUCACCGCAGGAAGGUGGAUGAGGAGGAAGGACCUGAGAACGCGCUGAGCGCCGAUCGGAGCGAUGGAGGCCGAAGUGUUCAUCCAGGCGGAGGAUGCAGACGGUUCCUGGACGCUGCUGUCCCUGCUGGCGUCCGUCGUCAUGGUGUUUGGCGGCGCCCUGCCUUACGUCCCGCAGUACCAGGAGAUCCAGAGGAGCAGCAACACCGAGGGCUUCUCCACCAGGGUCUGCCUGGUCCUGCUGGUCGCCAACAUCCUGCGGAUCUUCUUCUGGAUAGGGAAGCAGUUCGAGGUGACGCUGCUGCUUCAGAGCCUGGUGAUGAUCCUUACCAUGUUCGCCAUGCUGCACCUCUGCUGCUCCGUCCACAGCUCCAACCGGGUCAGCACCAAGGAGCACCGGCUCACAGAUCUGGACGUUCGUUACUUCUGGAAGUGGAGUGCGUUUGAGGAUUACCUGCUAUUCUGCAGCGGCUUGGCGGCGCUGUGCGCUGCGCUCACGCUGCUGCUGCUGGACUCCGCCGUGUUUGUGGAGGCGCUGGGCUCCCUGGCCGUGAUGUUUGAGGCGAUGCUCGCCGUGCCGCAGCUGCUGCAGAACCUGCAGAACCGCUCCACCAGGGGAAUGAGCGUGAAGAUGGUUCUGCUCUGGACGGCGGGCGACGCCUUCAAGACGGCAUACUUCGUGAUGAACGAAAGCCCGGCCCAGUUCUGGGUGUGCGGUUCGGUCCAGAUCCUGCUGGAUGCCGCCAUCUUGCUGCAGGUUCUGCUGUACGGCCGGGACAAACUGGGCUAAACUGGGCCGAACCAGGAAACUGGGAGCUGCUGCUCCAGAACCAGACCACAUUUUAUAUGCUGGAAAACCAAAGAAAAUGUUUUUAGUGCUUAUUGAAACUAAAGACUCAAAACUUUCUCAAAAAAACUAAAUAUCGGCAAUUUUCACUUUAAAUGCAUUUCUGGUUAUUUUCUACUAUUUAUUGGAACUUUGAGGAUCAUAGAAGAAAUCCUGGAGGGGAAUGUCCAGCAGGAUCCAGAGGAUCCAGUGGAACCAGAGGAUCAAGUGGAUCCAGAGGAUCCAGCAGGAUCCAGUGGAUCCAGCAGAAUCCAGAGGAUCCAGGGUGCGUUCCAUCCAUCUGACUGAUGCUUGGUUCUGUUUGCUGUUCGGAUCCGGUUCGGAUCGGGUCAGAGUUCAGAGAAUAAUUCAGGGUUUUUAUCACAAUCUAUUGAAUAUUUAACAUUAUUUCUAGAUCCAGGAUUUCUAUAUUUUUACUGGAAUUAAACGUUCUUUAAUAUUUGUGGCACUAAUAUUUUUUCUGUUUUUCAUAUUUGUUGCAGUUUGAAACAGAAUUUGGACAAAGUUCAGAGGAUUCAGUCUGACUGAAUCCUUUUUUAUUUUUUCCAAAAUAAACAAAAAGAAAGGAAAUCAAAACAUGUUUUGAGGAGAGUUGAGAAAUUGCAACACAAAAAUAGAAGUUUAGAGAAUCUGAAACUAAAGUCUGAAACUAAAGUAUGACUCUGAUGCUGCCUUGCUAUCAAUAGUAUUGAUACUUUGGAUGGAUCAGCUCAGCUGUAGUUCUUGGUUUUAUAAACCGUAGCUGUGAAGCAGCCGAUCAGCUUCAAAAACCAAAGCAGUGGAAAAUGUUCAGUCCUGCUUAAAAUACAUGUUUAGCAUGUUUUCUAUGUUUGUAGUUUUUCUGUCAUAUUUCAGUGAAUAUAUUUGUUUGAUGAAUAACGCUGAUGGUUUUCUAAAAAAUUUAGAUUUAAAUAACUGAAGAGUUGAAGAAACCGAGACAUUAAUGUCAUUUUCUCACCUUUGCUGUUUGUCUCCACAGUAACCACGCCGCUGUACAUCAGGUAGAUCUAGUUACCUAGAUCUACAUCUAGUUAACAAGAUCUACAUCUAGUUACCUAGAUCUACAUCUAGUUACUGAGAUCUACAUCUAGUUACCUAGAUCUACAUCUAGUUACCUAGAUCUACAUCUAGUUACCUAGAUCUACAUCUAGUUACUGAGAUCUACAUCUAGUUACCUAGAUCUACAUCUAGUUACCUAGAUCUACAUCUAGUUACCUAGAUCUACAUCCAUCCAGCUGCACAAAUAUAUUAUUCAUUAUCAGAAGUUCAGCAUGUUCGCCUGCAGCCUGAUUUUCUAACAUGUGAGAUCAUUUUUACAUUUAUCAACUGAAAAAAGAACAGAUGAAAAUGUAAAAUGUGGUUAAAGUUUAUAUUUGAUGGGUCAGAUUAGGACACAAGUUUGAUGAAUUCGUCAAAUUCGUCGUUGAACCUGUGAACCAAACGUCACGUUUUAUUUUUCUCCUGAUGAAAACAGUUAAAUAUUCAGGAGGAGAAUAAAAUGUUUAAAAAGACAAUUUCCUGAUAUUUGCUCACAUUUUCUUAAAUGGUCAAAUGAAGGUCAAGAUAAUUCAGUUUAAGUCACAAACUAUUACAGUAUAAAUCAGAUUUUACUGAACAAAGCAGAGAACAGAAUUUCUUUCAAAAAUAAAAACUCAAAAUGUUCUUUUCCAAAUUAUUAUGACAGCAGAAUUUCUAAACAUUUUAUGGAUUAUAAAAAUCUGCAAACCGUCGUCACAUGUUCUAAACUUUUAAAUCCCUUUUGUACAUAUUAAAUGAACUCAAAUUCAAUGAGAAACAACAGACACACACAUACACACACACAGACACAAACACACAGACACACACACAGACACACACGCACACAGACACACACACACACACACACACAGACACACACACACACACACGCAUACACACACGCACACAGACACACACACACACAGACACACACACGCAUACACACACGCACACACACGCAUACACACACACACACAGACACACACAGACACACACACGCACACAGACACACACACACAUACACACACAGACACAAACACACACAGACACACACACACAGACACACACACACAGACACACACACACAUACACACACGCACACACACACACAGACACACACACAUACACACACACACAGACACACACAGACACACACAUACACACACACAGACACACACACAUACACAGACACACAUACACACCUACACACACAUACACACACACACAUACAUACACACACACACAGACACACAGACACACACACACACAGACACAUACACACAGACACACCUACACACACACACAGACACACACACAGACACACCUACACACAGACACACACACAGACACACCUACACACACACACAGACACACACACACACAGACACACACAUACACACACACACAGACACACACACACACAGACACACAUACACACACAUACACACCUACACACACAUACACACACACAGACACACACACAGACACACACACACAGACACACACAUACACAGACACACAUACACACACAGACACACCUACACACACAGACACACACACAGACACACACACACAUACACACACACACACAGACACACACACACACACACACACACAGACACACACAGACACACACACAGACACACACAGACACAUAGAAAUGAUGCAGGAGCUUUAACUAAAUGCAGCAUGAGGAAAAUCUCUGCCUAUUCUGUGAUUAAAAAAGAAUCUGUCGUCUUUUCUUGGCUAAUGAUCCAAAAUAAAAAUGAACCAUGAAAAUCAGGAAUGAGCCAUUUGGCCAUCUGUGGGUUUCUGCCUGCAGAUGGAAAAGGCCAAUGAGAGCAGAGCUGGGCUCCACAGGGAGCAGUUGGUGAAGUAAAGACGACAGAGUCUGCAGCAGUAAACUGAGCUGUAAUUACUGCAUGAAAUGUUCUCAGCUUUAGCUGUGAUUUACUGCACGGCCUGUAACUGCAGCCAGACCCAGACGCCGUCAGAGGAGCCAACCAUCAGGACCUUCAUCCUGAUGGUUGGGCCUCCUCUUCGCUCCACAUGGAGCCGCGGAGCCUCCACACCAUCUGCCUGCUAAACCCACUAAAAAUACAUCUACAAACACACAGACCAACAUUUACACUGGAAACACCAACAACAUUUCAUCAGUUUGGCUUCAAUUCCUUGGUAAGAAUUACUAAAUACCAUAAUGGAUAACAAGAAAUCUUUUAAAUAUAUAUUUUCCUAUCAACCUAAAAGUUGUUGUUUGUAGUAUGUAUAAACUCAUAAUUAGUUCAAACAUGGUAAAUCUUCAGUUCCUUUCUCUCUUUUUGCAUUGCAUGCUGGGAUGGUGAAGCGGUUUCAGUGGAGCGGAGGCGUAAACAAAACACAGGAAGUCAAAGCAGAGGAGGAAGAACAAGAUGGCCGCCGCAACAAAACAUCUGGGUGGAGAAACACAGCCUCAAAGUUUUCAUUAGCUGUUCUAGACGAGAGAUCUGUGGAACAAGCUAACGUCAUCGGCAACUGUUCAUUAUAUUAGCUGGAGCUAACACCAUUAGCAGGAGCUAGCACAAUUAGCAACAGCUAACACCAACAGCAGGAGCUAGCACAAUGAGUGAAAGCUAAAACCAUUAGCAGGAGCUAGCACAAUUAGCUACAGCUAACACCAUUAGCAGGAGCUAGCAUAAUUAGCUACAGCUAACACCAUUAGCAAGAGCUAGCAUAAUUAGCUACAGCUAACACCAUUAGCAGGAGCUAGCACAAUUAGCUACAGCUAACACCAUUAGCAGGAGCUAGCAUAAUUAGCUACAGCUAACACCAUUAGCAGGAGCUAGCACAAUUAGCUACAGCUAACACCAUUAGCAGGAGCUAGCACAAUUAGCUACAGCUAACACCGAAACUGGAGAUCUUAGCAACAUAAAAAACAAAUGUUAAAAUACAGAAUUAAGGAAAAUUUAAAUCUGAACUUAAUCUAUGAUCUCAUGCCUUAAACUAAUUAUUUGUUGGUCGAACUGUUUCAUGUUUUCUGUCCUGAUUUGAAGUUGAAAUUCUUCUUCAUUUUGUUAGUUCUGGAUCUGGAAACGUUGAGCCAGCAGCUUGCAAUGGGAUCACAUGAUUUAUAAUCCAUUUUGACCCAAAACCAGUUAGUGCUUAAUGGACCGACUUUAAAAUCCCUUUUAUAUGUUUUAUUUCUCUUACAGGGUUCCGUACUCCCUUUACAUGAUUUUUAGUCAAUAAAAGUUGUGAAACGUCCUUUCAGGUGUUAAAGUGCGAUGUGAGAGUGAAAGCUUCGCCUGGCUGCUUCAUUUCCCUUAAUUCAGAACCAUCUGCCGGUUCUGGAUUCUCACAUGAAAUGAAUCUGACCUCUCUCUGCGCCUCGCCCUUCUGCUCUGCCCCACUAUCAGCACUUUAUUAAAUCCUCAAUAAAGGAGAGAAAUGAAAGAAAAAGGACAGUGGGGGAGGACAGCCGUUUGAAACUGGGACGGAUCCGUCGUCUGUCCAGCUUCACCUUUCAGGCCCAACAGAAACAUUUCAGACGCAUCUGGACUGUAUUGAUUUUACUGCCAGGUUGUAUAAAUGCAGCAUCAUUUAGUUUUGGAGAAACUUUAUUUAUUACAGCAGCUGAAGGACACCAGAUAUGCAUUUCAUCAACUUGCUGGCAACAGCAGAGGAAACGCAGACAUUCGGAUCAGAGGAAGAAAGUUUUUACAUGUCAAACAGUUUAGAAAUGAUCUGUAAGCAGUUCAGCUUCUGGAAAAACCAUCAGAGCCGCGGAGCAGGAAACCCAGAAAACAGCUCUGCUCCUGUUUCAGGGGAAACUAACGAAUGCCGUAAAAUGUUUCAGCCAGCAGCUUCAGAAGUGGAACUGAGAUCCAGUUGGAUCCAGCAGAACCUCAGCAGCCAUUAAAAAUCACAAGCAGGUUAAAACUUUACACCUCAGGAUGAUGCUUCCUCCACCAUGCUUGACUGUUUUUGGAUCAACCUCAGCAUUUGUCUUUUUCUCCACACUAAUCCGCUAGCAGCUAAAGCUAAAGCUACAGCUCUGUCUGGAGAGGCGGCGGCCUGCAGGUCCGGAUCAGAACAUUAACAUCAGGCACAUUUAGAAAAACCACAAGAUCCAAAUGCAAAACAGACCAACGUAAUCCAAACAUGGUCAGAAUCCUGCCCUCCAGGAGUUUCUGGGCUUUCAAACGUCCCAAUAAUAAUUACAAUAACACUUUUCUCUGAAACUCCAACCGAGCCGAACCUGUCACCCAGAAUCUCUGCCGGGUCGGCGCCAAACAUGAUCCAGGUCCAUAAAACGCCGCUUUCACAUCAAACUGAAACAUUUCUGAAAAUAUCUUAAAGUUAUAAAUGAUUUCAUAACUCAAGUUUUAAACAUUUGAAGUUCAAAGAAAACUGAAGAUUUGACUAAAACCAAAUUCAUUGUAACAUUUGGAUCCGGUAAAAAUGUAUUAAAUUUAAUGAGUUAAUUAGUGAUAAAAGGAGAAACGUUUGUUGAUUUAACAGAAAAUUCUGCUUUAUUUGAUUUGGUGCAACUUUUACCACCAGAAGUUGCCUUCAGUGUUUGUUCAGGAUCAUUUAUUAAGACCUUCAUCUUCACUCAGGAUGAUGAAAAAUAUUGAAAUAUUUUAGCUUUUAUUAUUCAUUUCGCAGAAAUGUAACUCUAACUGUUUGUUAAUAAAAGCUGUUGUUACAUGUUUAAA